CGGUUGGUGAUCUUACAAGUGCUCCGAACACGAACAGUGCCCGCGGUCUCUCGGUUUUGGCGUUUAUUUUUUGGCUCUGCAUCUGUAUCUGUAUCUCGAUCGGCUCCAAACCGCCUGCAUCCGUGAACCUCUCUCUUCCCACCUUUCGGGCGUAAGCGAGUGAGUGUGCGAGUUGUGAGCAAGAGUGCUAAGCUUUUUGCUCACACGUCUAACGGUUGCCAAAGUGUGCGUGUGCUGGGGCCUUAACUUGAACUAUGGUCCGCCUGUUCGUGUGCGUCUAAUAAAUAUAUUUAUUUAAAAAUAAGUAUUUCGACAUUCCGUCGUGGAAACUAUGUGACACACCAGUCCAGAGAUCCCAACAACCACGUCCCAUUCACAUACGCGACACAUUAUUAAAAAGCCAUUCGAGUGCCGAAACCAACGAAGCGAGCAAUAAUUGUGAUUAAUAACAACGAAACAAACGAAUACCGACCGUAAAUUAGCCACAUAAGGCCAGUCAAAUAGCUAUAGUCCAGCCAGGUGCAUUAUUCACGGCUCCCAAACAGUGAUUACCUCAUCUUUGCCAGCGCUCCGCCAGCAAAAUGGUAUCAAAAAGCAGUAAAAAGAAACAAGUGUCUCAGCAGCAGACGACGACUUCGCAGUCGCAAACGUCUCAGUCUCAGACGCCGCCGCCAGCAACAUCGACCACAACAUCAACGUCGUCGGCCGAGGCCACGAAGCUUACCAAAAAACUGGGUCCCGAUGCGUUCGCCACUCUGAGCAUCAGCAAGAGCUCCAGUUCCAUGCAGCACGAAUCGGUGACGUACGAUGAGCCCGUGGCCAGCACUUCGGGUGCUUCGCUGCCGGCGGCAGGAGUCAGGAGCUACAGCAGCCGGAGCCAGAGCCAGAGCAAGAGCAAGGCCUCCUCCCAGUCGCACUCCUUAUACACAGAGCAAUCUCAGUCCCAGCUGCAGUCGGAACAGUACAGCAGCAAGAUCUCCCGGGAUUAUGCCAACCAGAAGAUCAUCUCGUCAAUUGAUCUGCUCGAAAGUGAGAAGAAAGAGCCAGUAUUCUCGGUGCCCAUCGAAGUGGUGGAGAUCGUAACGCCCACGCUAUCCGUCUCCGCCAGCGGGGGCAGUGUCUCGAAAAUGUUCACGUCCUCCUCGCAGCAGCAGGCUAGCAGCUCCAGCUCAUACUUCCAAGCCACAACCAGUUCCAGCCGGAGCGCCAACGAAAUGCUGAUUGCGAGCGAGAGCGCCGAUACGGCUACCGGUAUGACAUCAUCCGGGCCGAGGAAACAGGUUGGCUUCGAUACGGACACCAAGACAGUGACAAACACGAGCAGCACUAGCAACAUCAGCAGCAGUAAGAGCACAAACACAAAUACUAAUAUCAACGCAAACACAAACAUCAACAUCAGCAGCAGCAAUGUGAGCGAAUCUCAGAGCGUGCCAAAGCUGCCAGCGAGCGGAACAGCUGAUCCCACAGCUCCCACAUCGGUGACGUUGCAAGGCUACCCCGAACCGGUUGCCGCGUCGUCUGGCGCGACCACAACAAAGGCGACGUCAUCGACGAGACGCAACGAUAAACUGGAAGUGGCCAGCGCAGACACAGCUGUUGAUAGAGCUACGUCAUCGUCAUCGUCAGUGGUCGACAAAAAGUCCAGCAAAGAGGUCAGUGAGAGUACCGUCCUCAAAAGCUCGAGCAGCAGCAAACAAUCGAAGAGCUCGUCCAAGAAGGAGGUAUACGAUGUGAAGACCAAGACCUGGACAGAGUACAGCGAUGGCAGCUCCCAAGGACCCAGCAAGUCACGGCCGACCUUCGAGCGGUAUGUGAGCAAGGAAACCGACGGCACCUCGAAAGUGACUUACAAGAAGAAGAUAUACGACAGACGCAACAAUCGGUGGCGCGUGGUGGACGAACGGACGGUGGACAGUACCGCUGACACCGGCUAUCCCGAAAUAGUCGAUGAUGUCAUUAAUACAACAAGAACCACUUACACCACCAAGGUGUACGACACGAAGCUCGGCAAGUGGACUGUUGUGGACGAGAAGUCGUUCACUGAUACGAAAGCUUUCGUGCCCAAUGACAUUGCUCGUGAAAUCGAGAAAGAUAAUACCGAUGUUGCAAACAUAACGACUACAACGGAGGUAACGAAGAUUUUCGAUGCAAGCAUCAACGAUUGGCGAGUUUUGGACGAGAAGGUGCACACAGAUGUCAUUGAGAAGAUCGUAGAGGCUCCCAAAAAGACCAUAUACGUGGAUGAAUUUGUGGAGAUUGAGAAGAACACGUCAAUUUCGGAGAACAAUGAGAACAUAACCCUGAACUUAAAAGAGACAUCGAAACACAAAAAUAUUACCGAAAAUAUUUAUGAUGAAAUCGAUUAUGUACGCACUGAUAAGCAACGCCUAGACGACUCAAGAACCCGUGGAGUUGCAAGAAACAAGUCAACAACGCAUAGUGAAAGAUGCAUCUGUGAAAUCUGCACAUGCGGGCGACAUCAUUGCUCAAGCAGUACAACGAAAUCCUCAGAAAAAACGAUUAUUCAAACCGAUGAUAACGUCGACGAAGCAUAUACUAGGAUACGUACUAAUACAUGGUCGAAAGAAGACAGUAAAAACAUUCCCAAGCAAAACGAAGACAUUCUAGUGGACUACAUAGUCAUAAAAAAACCGGAAGACAAUUUAAGACCAGAAGGAGACUUUAUAGUUCCACCGAAAGAGCCAUAUAAGCCGGGAGAAAAACGAGAGAAAAUUGUGCAUACCGAUAACCUUCGUACAGAAGGAGAAAUGACCUUCGUAGAGAGGGAGGAAUAUCAAUACGCUGUCCGCCCGGGAUAUGUCAAGCCCACAGAUAACCUUAAGCCCGAGGGCGAGUUUUAUAGUCCAGAAAAACAAAAAUAUCAACCGGGAGAUCGACCAACUCAGGUUCGACACCAAGACAACCUUAAGACAGAAGGCGAGUUUUACACUCCCGAGAAACCGGGAUACACUCCAGCCGAUCGCCUACAGCAAAAGAAACCCGUGGAUAACCUUAAACCGGAGGGAGACUUUUCUUCUCCUGAAAAACCCAUAUACAGACCUGCUGAGAAACCUGAAAAAAUAAUACGCAAUGAUAAUUUGCGGACUGAAGGCGAAAUGACAUUUGUGGAAAGAGAGGAAUAUCAAUAUGUUAAAAGACCGGAACAAGUUAAGCCUACAGAUAACUUACGACCGGAGGGUGAAUUUUUCAGUCCUGAAAAACCACAAUAUGCUCCAGGUGAACGUCCAUCUCAAGUACGUCCUGUUGACAAUCUAAAGCCAGAAGGUGAUUUCUACGCUCCUGAACAACCAGGGUUUCGACCAGCGGAGAGGCCAGUUCAAACCAAACCAAAGGACAAUCUUAAACCAGAAGGGGAAUUCGUAAAGCCUGAGAAACAAGUUUAUAAACCUGCCGAUAGAACUGAAAAAAUUAUUCGGACAGAUAAUCUUCGCACGGAAGGCGAAAUGACAUUUGUUGAGAGGGAGGAAUAUCAGUAUGUGGUGCGUCCUGAGCAAGUAAAACCAUCUGACAAUCUAAAACAGGAAGGAGAAUUCUACAGUCCUGAGAAGCCGAAGUACAAGCCAGGUGAAAGACCUUCUCAAGUCAGGCCAGAGGACAAUCUUAGACCAGAGGGAGAGUUCUACACACCGGAUAAGCCAGGAUUCAGGCCUGCUGAACGACCUGUGCAGAAGAAGCCGGAGGACAAUCUUAAGCCUGAGGGAGAUUUCUACAGCCCUGAGAAACCGAAGUACAAGCCAGGUGAAAGACCUACUCAGGUCAGGCCAGAGGACAAUCUUAGACCAGAAGGUGAGUUCUACACACCGGAGAAGCCAGGAUUCAGGCCUGCUGAGCGACCGGUGCAGAAGAAGCCGGAGGACAAUCUUAAACCCGAAGGCGAGUUUGUCAAGCCGGAGAAGCAAGUUUACAAACCUGCUGAGAAAACUGAAAGAAUUAUUCGAAAGGAUAAUCUUCGCUCGGAAGGCGAGAUGACGUUUGUUGAAAGGGAAGAAUAUCAAUACGUCGUUCGACCUGACCAAGUAAAACCAUCUGACAAUCUUAAGCCUGAGGGAGAUUUCUACAGCCCUGAGAAACCGAAGUACAAGCCAGGUGAAAGACCUACUCAGGUCAGGCCAGAGGACAAUCUUAGACCAGAAGGUGAGUUCUACACACCGGAGAAGCCAGGAUUUAGGCCUGCUGAGCGACCUGUACAGAAGAAGCCGGAGGACAAUCUUAAGCCCGAGGGAGAGUUCUACAGCCCUGAAAAACCGAAGUACAAGCCAGGUGAAAGACCUAGUCAGGUCAGGCCAGAGGACAAUCUUAGACCAGAAGGUGAGUUCUACACACCGGAGAAGCCAGGAUUCAGGCCUGCUGAGCGACCGGUGCAGAAGAUGCCGGAGGACAAUCUUAAACCCGAAGGCGAGUUUGUCAAGCCGGAGAAGCAAGUUUACAAACCUGCUGAGAAAACUGAAAGAAUUAUUCGAAAGGAUAAUCUUCGCUCGGAAGGCGAGAUGACGUUUGUUGAAAGGGAAGAAUAUCAAUACGUCGUUCGACCUGACCAAGUAAAACCAUCUGACAAUCUUAAGCCCGAGGGAGAUUUUUACAGUCCAGAGAAACCGAAGUACAAGCCAGGUGAAAGACCUUCUCAAGUCAGGCCAGAGGACAAUCUUAGACCAGAGGGAGAGUUCUACACACCGGAGAAGCCAGGAUUCAGGCCUGCUGAGCGACCUGUGCAGAAGAAGCCGGAGGACAAUCUUAAGCCCGAGGGAGAUUUUUACAGCCCUGAGAAACCGAAGUACAAGCCAGGUGAAAGACCUACUCAGGUCAGGCCAGAAGACAAUCUUAGACCAGAAGGUGAGUUCUACACACCGGAGAAGCCAGGAUUCAGGCCUGCUGAGCGACCUGUGCAGAAAAAACCGGAGGACAAUCUUAAGCCCGAGGGAGAUUUUUACAGCCCUGAGAAGCCGACGUACAGGCCAGGUGAAAGACCGUCUCAAGUCCGGCCAGAAGACAAUCUCAGACCAGAGGGUGAGUUCUACACACCGGAGAAGCCAGGAUUUAAGCCCGCUGAGAGACCCGUGCAGAAGAAGCCCCAGGACAAUCUUAAACCCGAAGGAGAGUUUGUCAAGCCGGAGAAGCAAGUUUACAAACCUGCUGAGAAAACUGAAAGAAUUAUUCGAAAGGAUAAUCUUCGCUCGGAAGGCGAGAUGACGUUUGUUGAAAGGGAAGAAUAUCAAUAUGUCGUUCGACCUGACCAAGUAAAACCAUCUGACAAUCUAAAACCGGAAGGAGAAUUCUACAGUCCUGAGAAGCCGAAGUACAAGCCAGGUGAAAGACCUUCUCAAGUCAGGCCAGAGGACAAUCUUAGACCAGAGGGAGAGUUCUACACACCGGAGAAGCCAGGAUUCAGGCCUGCUGAGCGACCUGUGCAGAAGAAGCCGGAGGACAAUCUUAAGCCCGAGGGAGAUUUCUACAGCCCUGAGAAACCGAAGUACAAGCCAGGUGAAAGACCUACUCAGGUCAGGCCAGAGGACAAUCUUAGACCAGAAGGUGAGUUCUACACACCGGAGAAGCCAGGAUUCAGGCCUGCUGAGCGACCGGUGCAGAAGAAGCCGGAGGACAAUCUUAAACCCGAAGGCGAGUUUGUCAAGCCGGAGAAGCAAGUUUACAAACCUGCUGAGAAAACUGAAAGAAUUAUUCGAAAAGAUAAUCUUCGCUCGGAAGGCGAGAUGACGUUUGUUGAAAGGGAAGAAUAUCAAUAUGUCGUUCGACCUGACCAAGUAAAACCAUCUGACAAUCUAAAACCGGAAGGAGAAUUCUACAGUCCUGAGAAGCCGAAGUACAAGCCAGGUGAAAGACCUUCUCAAGUCAGGCCAGAGGACAAUCUUAGACCAGAGGGAGAGUUCUACACACCGGAGAAGCCAGGAUUCAGGCCUGCUGAGCGACCUGUGCAGAAGAAGCCGGUGGACAAUCUUAAGCCCGAGGGAGAUUUCUACAGCCCUGACAAGCCGACGUACAAGCCAGGUGAAAGACCGUCUCAAGUCCGGCCAGAAGACAAUCUCAGACCAGAGGGUGAGUUCUACACACCGGAGAAGCCAGGAUUUAAGCCCGCUGAGAGACCCGUGCAGAAGAAGCCCCAGGACAAUCUUAAACCCGAAGGCGAGUUUGUCAAGCCGGAGAAGCAAGUUUACAAACCUGCUGAGAAAACUGAAAGAAUUAUUCGAAAGGAUAAUCUUCGCUCGGAAGGCGAGAUGACGUUUGUUGAAAGGGAAGAAUAUCAAUAUGUCGUUCGACCUGACCAAGUAAAACCAUCUGACAAUCUAAAACCGGAAGGAGAAUUCUACAGUCCUGAGAAACCGAAGUACAAGCCAGGUGAAAGACCUUCUCAAGUCAGGCCAGAGGACAAUCUUAGACCAGAGGGAGAGUUCUACACACCGGAGAAGCCAGGAUUCAGGCCUGCUGAGCGACCUGUGCAGAAGAAGCCGGAGGACAAUCUUAAGCCCGAGGGAGAUUUCUACAGCCCUGAGAAACCGAAGUACAAGCCAGGUGAAAGACCUACUCAGGUCAGGCCAGAGGACAAUCUUAGACCAGAAGGUGAGUUCUACACACCGGAGAAGCCAGGAUUCAGGCCUGCUGAGCGACCGGUGCAGAAGAAGCCGGAGGACAAUCUUAAACCCGAAGGCGAGUUUGUCAAGCCGGAGAAGCAAGUUUACAAACCUGCUGAGAAAACUGAAAGAAUUAUUCGAAAGGAUAAUCUUCGCUCGGAAGGCGAGAUGACGUUUGUUGAAAGGGAAGAAUAUCAAUAUGUCGUUCGACCUGACCAAGUAAAACCAUCUGACAAUCUAAAACCGGAAGGAGAAUUCUACAGUCCUGAGAAGCCGAAGUACAAGCCAGGUGAAAGACCUUCUCAAGUCAGGCCAGAGGACAAUCUUAGACCAGAGGGAGAGUUCUACACACCGGAGAAGCCAGGAUUCAGGCCUGCUGAGCGACCUGUGCAGAAGAAGCCGGUGGACAAUCUUAAGCCCGAGGGAGAUUUCUACAGCCCUGACAAGCCGACGUACAAGCCAGGUGAAAGACCGUCUCAAGUCCGGCCAGAAGACAAUCUCAGACCAGAGGGUGAGUUCUACACACCGGAGAAGCCAGGAUUUAAGCCCGCUGAGAGACCCGUGCAGAAGAAGCCCCAGGACAAUCUUAAACCCGAAGGCGAGUUUGUCAAGCCGGAGAAGCAAGUUUACAAACCUGCUGAGAAAACUGAAAGAAUUAUUCGAAAGGAUAAUCUUCGCUCGGAAGGCGAGAUGACGUUUGUUGAAAGGGAAGAAUAUCAAUAUGUCGUUCGACCUGACCAAGUAAAACCAUCUGACAAUCUAAAACCGGAAGGAGAAUUCUACAGUCCUGAGAAACCGAAGUACAAGCCAGGUGAAAGACCUUCUCAAGUCAGGCCAGAGGACAAUCUUAGACCAGAGGGAGAGUUCUACACACCGGAGAAGCCAGGAUUCAGGCCUGCUGAGCGACCUGUGCAGAAGAAGCCGGAGGACAAUCUUAAGCCCGAGGGAGAUUUCUACAGCCCUGAGAAACCGAAGUACAAGCCAGGUGAAAGACCUACUCAGGUCAGGCCAGAGGACAAUCUUAGACCAGAAGGUGAGUUCUACACACCGGAGAAGCCAGGAUUCAGGCCUGCUGAGCGACCGGUGCAGAAGAAGCCGGAGGACAAUCUUAAACCCGAAGGCGAGUUUGUCAAGCCGGAGAAGCAAGUUUACAAACCUGCUGAGAAAACUGAAAGAAUUAUUCGAAAGGAUAAUCUUCGCUCGGAAGGCGAGAUGACGUUUGUUGAAAGGGAAGAAUAUCAAUAUGUCGUUCGACCUGACCAAGUAAAACCAUCUGACAAUCUAAAACCGGAAGGAGAAUUCUACAGUCCUGAGAAACCGAAGUACAAGCCAGGUGAAAGACCUUCUCAAGUCAGGCCAGAGGACAAUCUUAGACCAGAGGGAGAGUUCUACACACCGGAGAAGCCAGGAUUCAGGCCUGCUGAGCGACCUGUGCAGAAGAAGCCGGAGGACAAUCUUAAGCCCGAGGGAGAUUUCUACAGCCCUGAGAAACCGAAGUACAAGCCAGGUGAAAGACCUACUCAGGUCAGGCCAGAAGACAAUCUUAGACCAGAAGGUGAGUUCUACACACCGGAGAAGCCAGGAUUCAGGGCUGCUGAACGACCUGUGCAGAAGAAGCCGGAGGACAAUCUUAAGCCUGAGGGAGAUUUCUAUAGCCCUGAGAAACCGAAGUACAAGCCAGGUGAAAGACCUACUCAGGUCAGGCCAGAGGACAAUCUUAGACCAGAAGGUGAGUUCUACACACUGGAGAAGCCAGAAUUCAGGCCUGCUGAGCGACCGGUGCAGAAGAAGCCGGAGGACAAUCUUAAACCCGAAGGCGAGUUUGUCAAGCCGGAGAAGCAAGUUUACAAACCUGCUGAGAAAACUGAAAGAAUUAUUCGAAAGGAUAAUCUUCGCUCGGAAGGCGAGAUGACGUUUGUUGAAAGGGAAGAAUAUCAAUAUGUCGUUCGACCUGACCAAGUAAAACCAUCUGACAAUCUAAAACCGGAAGGAGAAUUCUACAGUCCUGAGAAGCCGAAGUACAAGCCAGGUGAAAGACCUUCUCAAGUCAGGCCAGAGGACAAUCUUAGACCAGAGGGAGAGUUCUACACACCGGAGAAGCCAGGAUUCAGGCCUGCUGAGCGACCUGUGCAGAAGAAGCCGGAGGACAAUCUUAAGCCCGAGGGAGAUUUUUACAGCCCUGAGAAACCGAAGUACAAGCCAGGUGAAAGACCUACUCAGGUCAGGCCAGAGGACAAUCUUAGACCAGAAGGUGAGUUCUACACACCGGAGAAGCCAGGAUUUAGGCCUGCUGAGCGACCUGUACAGAAGAAGCCGGAGGACAAUCUUAAGCCCGAGGGAGAGUUCUACAGCCCUGAAAAACCGAAGUACAAGCCAGGUGAAAGACCUAGUCAGGUCAGGCCAGAGGACAAUCUUAGACCAGAAGGUGAGUUCUACACACCGGAGAAGCCAGGAUUCAGGCCUGCUGAGCGACCGGUGCAGAAGAAGCCGGAGGACAAUCUUAAACCCGAAGGCGAGUUUGUCAAGCCGGAGAAGCAAGUUUACAAACCUGCUGAGAAAACUGAAAGAAUUAUUCGAAAGGAUAAUCUUCGCUCGGAAGGCGAGAUGACGUUUGUUGAAAGGGAAGAAUAUCAAUAUGUCGUUCGACCUGACCAAGUAAAACCAUCUGACAAUCUAAAACCGGAAGGAGAAUUCUACAGUCCUGAGAAACCGAAGUACAAGCCAGGUGAAAGACCUUCUCAAGUCAGGCCAGAGGACAAUCUCAGACCAGAGGGUGACUUUUACACACCGGAGAAGCCAGGAUUCAGGCCUGCUGAGCGAGCGGUGCAAAAAAAACCAGAUGAUAACUUAAAGCAGGAAGGAGACUUUUACAGUCCUGAAAGGGAACCAUAUAGGCCUGGGGAACGUCCAUCCCAAAUUCGACCUGAGGAUAACUUGAGACCAGAAGGAAAUUUCUAUGCUCCAGAAAAGCCAGGAUAUAAGGCAGGAGAACGACCGGUACCGAAAAAACCCGUUGAUAAUCUGAGGCCCGAAGGAGAGUUUGUUAAGCCAGAAAAACAGGUUUAUAAACCUGCGGAAAAAUCUGAGAAAAUUAUUCAAAAGGACAACUUACGUACGGAAGGCGAAAUGACCUUUGUGAAGAAAACAGAGUAUCAGUAUAUUAUUCGACCUGAGCAAGUAAAACCAACUGACAACCUGAAACCUGAAGGCGAGUUCUACAGUCCCGAAAAAUCUAAGUUCCAACCAGCUGAGCGAGUUACCGUUGUGAGGCAAAAGGAUAACUUAAAAGUGGAAGGAGAGUUCUAUGUCCAAGAAAAAGAGGACUUUAAGCCUGCUGAAAGACCUAAACAGAAGAAACCUCAUGACAAUUUAAAACCAGAGGGUGAGAUUAUUAUCCCAGAAAAGGUAGAGUAUAAGCCUGCCGAUAAAGUGACAAGAGUUGUUCAUAAGGACAAUCUUCGCAGUGAAGGAGAUAUGACUUUUACUGAAAAAACUGAGUACCAGCGUGUUGUAAGGCCUACUCCAGUAAAACCAGAAGAUAACUUGAAAAGUACUGGUAAGCUUUACGUACCUGAAAAACCAACUAUUACAAAUGGUGAACGACCAGAACCGGUUCGGCCUAAAGAUAAUCUGAAACCUGAAGGCGUAAUGUACACUCCCAAGAAACCGCAAUAUGAACCUGCUUCCCGCCCGGAGCAGAAGAAAUAUGCCGAUAACUUGAAACCAGAGGGUAAAAUGCACAUCCCAGAGAAAGAAGGGUACCGGCCCGCAGAUAAAGUAAAGACGGUUAUUAGAAAAGACAAUUUAAGAACCGAGGGUGAAAUGACUUUCACCCAAAAGGAGGAAUAUCAUCAUGUAAAAAGACCAGAGCAAGUAAAACCAAACGAUAACUUAAAAGUUGAAGGCGAAUUUUACACACCCAAUAAGACUGCCUUUAGGCCCGCUGAACGACCCACCCAAAAGAAACCAAGGGACAACCUUAAACCAGAGGGUGAAUUCUAUAAAAGGACCGACCGAACCGAGACCGAUAGCGCGACAGUUACAGAAUCCAUUAGAAGAGAAACGCCUAAGCGACCUGUUGACAAUUUGAAGUUAGAAGGUUCGAUGACAGUAACCAGAAGGGAUGAUUAUAAAACCACGGCCAAUAACACCAUUGAUAGAACUCAACGUACCCAAAAAAUCAACCACAACAGUUCAUCUAUUACAUUAGGAAGUGAUACUACAAUCCGCAAAACAACAAAUCAAAUGAACUAUGUAUCCGGAAAGGACGCCGUCAAACAAGUCGAUUCCAACAGCCAAAACCCAGUGGACGGUCUUAUUGUUGUAUCUACAACAAAAGUUACUACUGUGGUAGGAGGGCGUCACAAGAAAGAACCAGAAACUGAGUAUGUCAAGAGACCAGCAAAGAUAAACGUGAUAGAAAAUGUUGCCAAGAAUACUACAACGACAAACAUCGAGAAUACUCAAAACAUUCACAAAGAAACUACGUCCAUGCAAAGAAACCAUAACUUAGUCCAUAACGCAGCUUUGACUUCCGAAAAUAUUGCUUCUGAAACAAAUCGUAGACAUAUAACCGAUAAUAUUACCGGAAGAAAUGUGACUAGCAGCGUAUCGGAGAAUUCGACUUCCCUAGAAGUGUCGGGAAGAAAUGUAUCUAGCAACAUCAUUGGCGAAUCAAGCACCCGUAUGGUUUCUGGAAGAAAUGUUUCUAAUAACAUCAUUGGUGAUACCACAAGCAGAGUGCUGUCUGGUAGUACUGCGAAACAAAACAUCAGUGACGAUUCCCCAACAAGAGUGGUAUCAGGAGGUCGAAUUUCCAGCAAUAACAUUGUAGGAAACCCAUCCUCGCAAAUGACCACUUCGAAGCACUUCCAUCACCGAAAAAGUGAGUUCUCAUCGGAAGCCGAUGUUUCGAAUACUGUCUUUCAUCGCAAAAACAUAACCAGCGAUUCCAAUGCAGCCAAUGGCAGCCUCACAUCUAAUGGAAAGAUGCAGCGGAAGAGCAUACUAAAUCUGCACGAACCAUCCUACAGCACCACCACCCAUGGCGGGGAACGUCAAAGUUACAGCAGCAUCCAUCGCCAGAAUCGAGACUCUGAUGCGAAUUCCACUUUCACGAGCGAACGUAGAACCUGCAACGUGCAUAAAGAGAACAGGGAGCACAACGUUAAGAACUCAUCCUCAACCUCAAUGUCUCGCAUAAUUUCUGGUGGGGCCACCGGAACUGAACUGAACAGAUCGAAUGUCGAACGGUCGACGGUGACACGCACCCAAGUUUUGAGGGGUGGCAUCGAUUUUCCCUCCCAAUCUCACUCACACUCCGGAAGCCAUGCGACCCGUCAUCGAGCAAGUCAGCAUGUGUCUAGCUUGGGCGGUGGCAUCGAUUUCCCCUCCUACAGUGCUCCUGCUCACGGGCACACCGAGCGUGUGGUUACCCGCCGUGGAAAUCAGUCCUCAAUUAGCCUGGGCAACGACAAGUUUACCGGCUCCAGUUUGUACAAGAGCGAAUACAUUACUGCCCCAAAAACGACGUGUGCUGUGCAUAAGAUUAAACAAGGUGCAUUCCAACAUACCAGGAGUACUCAAGAACACAAGUUCUUCAAGACCUCAAACUAACAAAGUCACCCCACGAGUAUAUAUAUAUAUCUUUUGAUUUACUAAUAAACAUAUCCCAUAUAAAUAAUAUUCUAAGCUUCCAUGACAAUAUACGUUUUAUACAAUAUACAAACCAAUCCGAAAUAAAAACUAACAAUAAAUACAAUCUUUUGACACAAAGAAGAA